GAAAUGGAGAAAAGUUAUGGCUUAGACUAAGGGCCCUAUUUCACCGGGACACCAUGGCGGCGCAACCAGUCGCACAACCGUGGUGUCUUGAAGCUACCAAACCCGAGACACCGACUACGGCCACAGUAUCAAAAUGAACGUCGAAGAGUUAGCACUGUUGCUGUAUAUACGAAGGAAAAGAAAGUUAAAAAGAAAAAGAAAACAGUGGUGGAUUCAUCCUUACUUAGCCGAUCGCACUAAGAAAGGACAAUUUAUCAACAUAUACGAAGGUCUGAGAAGAUAUCCAGAUAAGUUUUUUAACUAUGUCAGAAUGUCCAUGAGGUCCUUUGACGAGUUAUUGACUCUGUGCAGAUAUGAUUUAUUGAAACAAGAUACAAUAUUAAGAAAGUCUGUCAGUCCCGAAGAAAAGUUAUUUGUAACAUUAAGGUACUUCGCUAGUGGAUGUACAAUGAGGGAAUUGCAUUAUAAUUAUCGUCUAGGACAAACAACUUUAAGCACAAUAAUUAAAGAAGUGUGUGCCGUGAUUUGGGAUAAGUUGCAAACAUGUUUAUCACUUCCAGCCUCUGCAAGUGACUGGAUCAAAACAGCAGAUGAUUUCGAAAAGCAUUCGAACUUUCCACACUGCCUGGGUAGUAUCGAUGGGAAGCACAUUAGACUGAUUCAACCUGCUGAUUCUGGUUCAUUAUGUUAUAACUAUAAACACUUUUUUUCAAUGGUGCUGCUUGCUGUAUGUGACGCUAAUUAUAAUUUUAUGUACAUAGACGUAGGUGCCUAUGGGAAAAGUAGUGAUUCAGCAAUAUUCCAAGAAACUGACUUUUAUAAGAAGCUCAUGAGCAAUACUUUAAAUAUUCCAGAGCCCCUUCAAAUUUCGGAAAAUAGCACAACGCUUUUUCCUUACGUAUUUGUAGGCGACGAAGCAUUCGGGUUGAGCACAAAUGUCAUGCGCCCAUUUGGAGGGAACAACCUCAGCGUCGACAAAAAAAUUUUCAACUACAGACUGUCGAGAGCGCGCCGUUACAUCGAGUGCACUUUUGGAAUUUUAACCAACAAAUGGAGAAUUUUCCACAGGCCAUUGAAUGUCCACACCGAAUUAGCAAAAUCAAUUGUGAGAACAUGUUGUGUGUCUCGCACAAUUUUGUGCGUGCUAGAGAUGGGUAUUCAUAUGAUGAUACUCUGACAGUAACCGGUUUUGAAACUAUAACACAGCGACAUUUUACUAGAGGAGGACGUGCUGCUACCACAACUCGAGAUAACUUCAUGAAUUAUUUUGUAAAUGAAAACCCACUUUCAUGGCAAAAUAAUUGUAUUAAUUAAUAAAAAUAUAAUAUUCCUUACUUACCUAAGUCUUUUUUUUGUUCAACUGUUUGCCCCUCUCCUCCAUAUAAAUCUACAAUUUCUUCCCAACAUUUCUUCUUCAAAUCUCUAUUAGAGUAAUCUGCUGAGGAACUAUCCCAAAUUGAUGGUCUAUUUUGAAUAUCAAUAAUAAAUUUUUCAGUAUCGAAAUUAUCCAUCAUGCACGUUUGCAAACUAAAAAGUUGACAUAUUCAGAAUUAUCGCGUCGUUAGCAGCGCGACUGGCGGCCGAGUGAGUGAAACACCAUAGAGCCCAAUACGAAGUAGUGGUGGUGCGACCAGCUUGGCGGAGCUGCCAGUAAUCUUUCGAGCACACGUAGUGUUGGUCGCUCCGCCAAACUGGUUGCGCAACCAAGCGGACACCAGGUGAGAUACUCUCCAUAGAGCUCUAUAUGUCUUGUUGGUAGCGACGACCGGUUGCGCCGCCAUGGUGUCCCGGUGAAAUAGGG